AUGAUUUGCAAUGCCUAUCUCCGCUACCCUCUCCUCCCCGUCCCGAUCUCGUAUAUCGCGGGUAGCUACUUUCUCUUCUCCAUCGAUGCCGUGACGUAUCUGAGACGCGAGCACCACAUCUGCGGCGUGCUCACCGGCACCCUGCCGCAGAUCCCCCAGCAGAACGUGUUUCUGGGGCUGCCGCUGAAGCUGAUGCCCGAGGAGGCGCGGCUGCUGGUGGAGCACGGUGUAGCUUGCAUUGUAGACGAGGUAAAAGCGCAGCGCGAGGGCAUGAGCGCCCUCCGCGAGGCCGACCGCCGGAAGUAUCGCCGCGAGCUAGAAUCCCAGGGCGCCCACGCCAUGCGGCUGCAGACCAACCGCAAGGAGCAGCAACGCGAGGCGGCGCUGAAGCGGGUAGACGCGAAGAAAACUGCUGCCGCGAAGAAGAAGGCUGCUGCUGCUGCUACUGCCGUGGGUGAAGCUGAGGGUGAGGGUAAUGCUGGUGAUAAUGCUGCCGGCACAGGGAGCGAUGAGCCCGAACCAAGCCCCUCCGCCCCAGCUCCUGCUGCUGCUCCUGCUGAAGAUACCCCAAUGACCACCACCACAUCUCCCUCCCGCCGCACCUCGAUCACAUCCACCUCCACCUCCAUAACCACCGCCCCCUACGGCACAACAAUGGGCAUCACCCCGGCCACCUCCCACCCACCACUCCCGUAUUCACCCUCUUCUUCCACAGCCCACCAACUCCUCCCACCGCCCACCGUGCCCCCCUCCUAUCCGCUCUUCGCCCACCUCCACGCAGAGGGGUACUACCUCUCGCCCGGCCUGCGCUUCGGCUGCCAGUACCUGGCGUACCCCGGCGACCCGCUGCGGUUCCACUCGCAUUUUCUGGUGGUCGCGGCCGACUGGGACGAGGAGCUCGAUCUGAUGGCGGUCGUCGCGGGCGGACGGCUGGGCACCGGCGUCAAGAAGGGGUUUUUGAUUGGCGGGGCGGCACAGCCGAGGGAGGAUGAGUCGGGGCUGGGGUUGGGAGAUGCGGGGAGUGUGCGGACGUUUAGUGUUGAGUGGGCGGGGAUGUGA